ACACGUUGGAGCUGUUUUACAACGACCCCAACGGCACAAAGGUCCAGAUCCUCCUGAACACCACGGGCAUCGCCUGGUGGACGGACAAACACGUGAAGUUUGGAAACCCCGGAAGAAACAGCCCUAACCUCACCGCCGCUUUCCAAGGAACAACGAAGCCGAUAAACUGGCGUCGGCCGGUCUUCGAUCUGGACGCCGACGAGGCGAACAACGGCUUCAUCAACGAGGACUUCAUCGUGUGGAUGAGGACGGCCGCGCUGCCCACGUUCAGGAAACUUUACCGCAUCAUCAACAAGAAGAGCGGCAUGGUGCCCACGCUGCCCCGAGGGAACUACUCUCUGGAGGUCGUCUACAAUUAUCCCGUGCGCAGCUUCGAGGGCAGGAAGCGGAUGAUUCUGAGCACCAUUUCCUGGAUGGGGGGGAAAAACCCCUUUUUGGGCAUCGCCUACAUCACCGUGGGCUCCGUGUGCUUCUUCCUGGGCGUCGUGCUGCUGCUCAUCCACCACAAGUGUGGAAACAGAAACAACAACGCUGACAUUUCCAACUGAGCUGCUCACCUGUCCGGGUAAACCUCACAUAAUAUAGAAUCUAAUUCGGCAGGAAAAUUAGAGUUUAAAACGGCUCGAUUCUGGCUGAUUGUUUGCCAAAGUUAAUGAGAAAACUGCCCGACAUGUGCCCACGCUUUUACAAACUUGGUAACUCAAAUCCAUCUAAUUCAGCAGAAGUAUAAUUGGGUUUUAGAGCUUAAGAUAGCUUGAUUUUGGCUGAUUAUCUGCCCAAAAAAUGAAAAAACUGCCAGAAAUGUGCCGUCGUUUAAAAGCUUUUAAAAACCUCCGAACUCAAAUCCAUCUAAUUCACAUUUUAGAGUUAAAAACGGCUUCAUUCUGGCUGUUUGCCAAAGUGAAUAAGACAACAACCCGAAAUGUGCCAACGUUUACGAGCUUUUACAAAUUUCGUAUCCAUCUAAUUCAGCAGAAACCUUUGCUGAUUGUUUGCCAAAGUGAAUGAGAAAACAGCCUGAAAUGUGCCAAAGCUUUUACAAACUUGGGAACUGAAAUUCAUCGAAUUCAGCAGAAGGAAAAUUGGGUUUUAGAGCUUAAAAUGUCUUGACUUUUGCUGAUUAUUUGCCGAAGUGAAUAAGAAAACAGCCCGAAAUGUGCCGUCAUUUAACAAAUGUCCGAACUCAAAUCACCCAGAUGAACUGCCUUAGAAUAAAGACAUGUACUCAAAGGUCCUAAACACAUCAGAAAAAGUAGGAAAUGUAUAAUAAAUAAGGAUGGGAAUAUGACAAAUUGAGGAUCAUUACUGUAAAAAAACUUGAAGCCAUGUGCUCCGUUUCUUCUGGAACAGUGUUGGGAGUAUUUACGAUUCAUGGACGAGUUUAGAUUCUACAACACUCAGAAAUGAUAUUAUAAUACCCCACUCUUAUGCCAUAUUUACACUGACACAGUAACGAGUCACUACACUGACGGAGUAACGAGUCACUGACACAGUAACGAGUCACUACACUGACGAGUAACGAGUAACUGACAGAGUAACGAGUCACUACCCUGACAGAGUAACGAGUCACUACACUGACGAGUAACGAGUCACUGACGGAGUAACGAGUCACUACACUGACACAGUAACGAGUCACUACACUUACGAGUAACGAGUAACUACACAGACGGAGUAACGAGUCACUACACUGACGGAGUAACGAGUCACUACACUGACGAGUAACUGACGAGUAACGACACAGUAACGAGUCACUACACUGACGGAGUAACGAGUCACUACACUGACGAGUAACGACACAGUAACGAGUCACUACACCGACACAGUAACGAGUCACUACACUGACGGAGUAACGAGUCACUGACACAGUAACGAGUCACUACACUGACACAGUAACGAGUCACUACACUGACACAGUAACGAGUCACUACACUGACGAGUAACGAGUCACUACACUGACGAGUAACGAGUAACUGACAGAGUAACGAGUCACUACCCUGACAGAGUAACGAGUCACUACCCUGACAGAGUAACGAGUCACUACACUGACGAGUAACGAGUCACUGACGGAGUAACGAGUCACUACACUGACACAGUAACGAGUCACUACACUGACGAGUAACGAGUAACUACACAGACGGAGUAACGAGUCACUACACUGACGGAGUAACGAGUCACUACACUGACGAGUAACUGACGAGUAACGACACAGUAACGAGUCACUACACUGACGGAGUAACGAGUCACUACACUGACGAGUAACGACACAGUAACGAGUCACUACACCGACACAGUAACGAGUCACUACACUGACGGAGUAACGAGUCACUGACACAGUAACGAGUCACUACACUGACACAGUAACGAGUCACUACACUGACACAGUAACGAGUCACUACACUGACGAGUAACGAGUAACUGACAGAGUAACGAGUCACUACCCUGACAGAGUAACGAGUCACUACACUGACGAGUAACGAGUCACUGACGAGUAACGAGUCACUGACGGAGUAACGAGUCACUACACUGACACAGUAACGAGUCACUACACUGACGAGUAACGAGUAACUACACAGACGGAGUAACGAGUCACUACACUGACGGAGUAACGAGUCACUACACUGACGAGUAACUGACGAGUAACGACACAGUAACGAGUCACUACACUGACGGAGUAACGAGUCACUACACUGACGAGUAACUGACGAGUAACGACACAGUAACGAGGCACUACACCGACACAGUAACGAGUCACUACACUGACGGAGUAACAAGUCACUGACAGAGUAACGAGUCACUGACACAGUAACGAGUCACUACACCGACACAGUAACGAGUCACUACACUGACGGAGUAACGAGUCACUGACAGAGUAACGAGUCACUGACAGAGUAACGAGUCACUGACGGAGUAACGAGUCACUGACACAGUAACGAGUCACUACACUGACACAGUAACGAGUCACUACACUAACGAGUAACUGACAGAGUAACGAGUCACUACCCUGACAGAGUAACGAGUCACUACACAGACGGAGUAACGUGUCACUACACCGACACAGUAAGGAGUCACUACACUGACGGAGUAACGAGUCACUGACAGAGUAACGAGUCACUACACUGAUGGAGUAACGAGUCACUGACAGAGUAACGAGUAACUAACGGAGUAACGAGUCACUACACUGACAGAGUAACGAGUCACUGACGGAGUAACGAGUCACUGACACAGUAACGAGUCACUACACUGACACAGUAACGAGUCACUACACUAACGAGUAACUGACAGAGUAACGAGUCACUACACAGACGGAGUAACGUGUCACUACACAGACACAGUAAGGAGUCACUACACUGACGGAGUAACGAGUCACUGACAGAGUAACGAUUCACUACCCUGACUGAGUAACGAGUCACUACCCUGACGGAGUAACGAGUCACUACACAGACAGAGUAACGAGUCACUGACAGAGUAACGAUUCACUACCCUGACUGAGUAACGAGUCACUACCCUGACGGAGUAACGAGUCACUGACAGAGUAACGAGUCACUACACCGACACAGUAACGAGUCACUACACCGACACAGUAACAAGUCACUACACCGACACAGUAACGAGUCACUACACUGACAGAUGGAGUAACGAGUCACUACCCUGACAGAGUAACGAGUCACUGACAGAGUAACGAGUCACUACACCGACACAGUAACGAGUCACUCCACUUUCCAGCGUUUUAAAGGUGAAUAUCUGCUGUUCUUUCUGCCUUCUAUGAGAGUGAAUAAAGCAGAUUUAGAUUAUUGAUCAGACUGUACUGAACACUGAGAGAUGUCAACUUGAUUUCUGGGUUUCAUAACUAUUUAUGAACCAAACAGGAAUAUAAUCAUCUGUUCAAACGAGAAGAUAUAUAUUGGAAAAGUAAUGAUAAAGGAAAAGACAACUCUAGAAAGUAAAUGGAGUAUUGCUUUAAAAAGACAGCUUUCUGUAAGAGUCUUGAAAUUGAAACCAAAACAACGAAAGGAAACAUCCCUCUCUCUCUGAUCUCUAACAUCUCUCAUCUCCAUGCAGGUGCAGUUAAAGUGAGCUGGAGUGUAGUCCUGUUGCAUGCUGGGAAACUGAGUUCUUCAUGUGAGCCCUGAGCUGUCCGAGCGGCUCUUCUUUGUGCCUCGUCUCGUCUGUGAAGCCUUCCCUUUCAAACAAAAAAAAUCAUGCUUUUUAAAAAAGUGUCGCGCACGUCAGAGGGAACACAACAUGGCGCUAACAUGACUAUUUGUUUGUAUUUAUUUAUAAGAGAUUCUUGCAUUGUGAAGCCUGGUAUUUGCACGCCACACCUCGGGGGGGGAGAUUGUUUGAACUGUACAAAGCAAGUGUGUAAAUCCAAUGCAGAGACAUGCACAUCGUGGCUUUGUUCAUCGUGCUUUAGAUGUGAUAUUAACACAGAGCCAGCAUGAUGGAGCCGGGACGCAGUGCAUGUGUUGUAUGUUACAUUACAUGUUGUUAGACGUUUGCACAGUAUGUGUACGUGUUGUACUCCACAUUUAAAAUACUGACAGUAACUUUAAUGCACAUAAGUACCUUUUCCACCUGAAUCCUGCCAUGUUCCGCACAAGCUGAGAAUAAUCAAAUAGACGCUGCAUGUUGAAAAUGUGCCGAGUUAAAAUGUGUUUUUAUUUUGGUUUUAAUACGUUUCAUCCAUGACAUUUCUUUUGAUACUCCAUUGGUGUUGUGUUGUUGCUUUAAAAUAAUAAAAAGGUCGAUUUAAUUGUU